GGGCUAGAGCGGAAGUGGUGGCCGGAGCGGAAGUGCAGCUGCCGCCGCCACCGCCGCCGCCGAUUCCGGAGCCCGGUAGCUGCCGCCGUCGCCGUCACUGCACCUACGGUCGCUGCCACCGCCGCUGCCGCCAGCCCCGCCCGUGGAGUGAGCCCGGGAAGGACGCGGUCGCUGCCCUCCGAUCUCCCCGGAAGCGCCUGUGUUCCCUACAGUCCUCCGCGAAAAUGACCAUGGAUAAGAGUGAGCUGGUACAGAAAGCCAAACUGGCUGAACAGGCUGAGCGCUAUGAUGACAUGGCUGCAGCUAUGAAGGCCGUAACAGAACAGGGACACGAACUCUCCAAUGAAGAGAGGAAUCUACUCUCUGUUGCCUACAAGAACGUGGUAGGUGCACGCCGUUCUUCCUGGCGUGUCAUCUCCAGCAUCGAACAGAAAACAGAGAGGAAUGAGAAGAAGCAGCAGAUGGGCAAAGAAUACCGUGAGAAGAUAGAGGCUGAGCUGCAGGACAUCUGCAAUGACGUACUGGAGCUGUUGGACAAAUAUCUCAUUCUCAAUGCUACACAGGCAGAAAGCAAAGUGUUCUACUUAAAAAUGAAAGGAGACUAUUUUAGGUAUCUUUCUGAAGUUGCAUCUGGAGAUAAUAAACAAACCACGGUGUCAAACUCUCAGCAGGCUUACCAAGAAGCGUUUGAAAUCAGCAAGAAAGAAAUGCAGCCUACACACCCCAUUCGCCUUGGCCUGGCGCUGAAUUUCUCAGUCUUUUACUAUGAGAUUCUAAACUCUCCUGAAAAGGCCUGCAGCCUGGCCAAAACGGCAUUUGAUGAAGCGAUUGCUGAAUUGGAUACCCUGAAUGAAGAGUCUUACAAAGACAGCACCCUGAUCAUGCAGCUGCUCAGGGACAAUCUCACCCUGUGGACGUCAGAAAACCAGGGGGAUGAAGGAGAUGCUGGAGAGGGAGAGAACUAAUGUCUGUUGUGCUCUGUGAUCUGUUUGGUGUCACUUUGUAUCCUCCACAUUAUGUCCCUUUGUGCGAUAAACAAAAACAAAAAAAUCGAAUGUGGACUUUCGAUUUUUCACAGCCUAAGCCUUGCAAAAAUGGUCCCUGGGAUGAACAGCUGGUAUUUGUAUCUAAAACUCAGACUGGUCCCUUAAAUGCCAUGGUUUUUCGGAGUCUUGAUUUUGAUCAACAUUGACAAGGAUUACUGUGUGUUUAAUUUUUACAAACUGAACACUGUGAUUAUGGGGUUUUAUAACUUAGCAGAACUCUUUCUGGUAGGGAAAAUAGACCUGAAUUAUGUGUAACUUUUUGAAAAGUUUAAUCUGAUAUCAAAAUGGUCACUGGAAUACAAUUCUGUUGUAAAGUUGUACAGAAAGCUCUAGAGAUUCUGUUGUGGUGCUGGGACCUGGGGGAGAUGCUUACCAUUGGCAUCCCGAGUUUGGUAACUCACAGUAAUUCUGCCUGUGGUUGAGGGCUUCUUGACCCUUGAUCAUUUGGGGCUGUUGCCACUUAAAAGUUUAUGACCACAAAUAUCUGCAGCGUCUUCUGAGGGAAUUUAAAACCUGAAAGUGAACUUCUUUGGUUGAUAAUUGGGCUGUGUCACCACAAAAAAAGGUCCCGUGCUCAUACCACAUGUGUGACUAAACCCCUUUACUAUAGCAGUGUGUUCCUGAUUAGCAGUGUGGAAACAGGGCUGUUACCCCCGAGCUAAAGGAGAGGGGGAAGAAAGGAGAGAAGGUAGAGUAUCUUAUAAGUGGCAUACCAGUUUUCUGGAUGUUUCUUUAAGAUAAUGUUGUGUGGAGAUGGCCUCUCGCCUGAGGACCACUCAGUCGUGGGAUUCCUCCUAGCUUGGAGGAUGGAAGCUUUGAAAUUUAACAUUCUUUCCACCCUGUCCUUCUGACUGUGGAGUUUUUUCCUUUUUAAAUUUAUAGCUUUCUGCUUCCUUGGGUGGUUUCUUUGGAAGCCUUUAUUAGUCAAUACCGAAUGGACAGGGCGGGGUGUUGCGCACAUAGUGAGCAAGCUUUGCUUUAAGGUGUUGAGAAGGAGCCCUUCCAGCACCACCACCCGCGUCCUCCUGUCUCAGCACGGUUGUUCUUCAUAGUGGGACCCAAAUCAAAAAAAAAGUAUUUUUAAGUCUCCAUGAUUUCCCCUUAUUGCACCCAGCCCCGACAAUGCUUGUUAGUGCCUGUCACCAGACCCUCCAGUGUACUCAUCCAGCUUCGUUCUCAGACACGUCUCAACAAGACCUUAUAACACAGGGGAGUUGCAUGGACACUACAAUAGAGUGAACCGAGAACAGCCAGGCCUUCAAUCUCACAGUAUCACCCCUCUAACUAGACAUUCCAUGUAGCCGUAGCCAUAGUCCAUCUGUUUGUCCAUCUGCUGAAAUAUGAAAAGAAUUCAUGCACUGAUUUAAACCAAAAAAACAAAAAAAAAACAAAAAAAUUCUCUUCUAGCUGAACAAAAAAUGUGCAGUUAAUACUUGGCGCUUGACGACGCAGUAGUGAGUGUGGAACCGAGCCUGUCUGUAUAGCUGGUAGCUCUUUGCUCUGUUUUUUUUCCUUAGCAGUAUUCUGCCUAACGUUUGCUUCUGUGGUGGUUAUAUUUGCCUAGCAAGCACACCCGUGAUUGUGAAAAUAGUGUAGCAAAAAGAAAAAGAAACUCCAGUUACUGAUGUGCUAGAUCCGUGUAUGUCUUUUAAACAUUCUAGUUUCACCUUACACAGAGUAAUCAGGAAAGUGUAAAAACUCAAAAGUGAAAUAAAACAUUUUAUCAGUUAGUUGCCUGUGGAUUGAUGUGUCACCACCAUCUCUCUCGUUCUCAGGACCAUUCUGAUCCCAUCUACUUUGGGUUUUUUCCUUUAAAGCGUUAAUAGUUUGACUUCACCCUUUAGAACCAGCAGUAGAGAUGUCUUAGGCGGCUGUCUCUGUUAAGCUGGAUGUGAUCCUUGCCGGCUUGAGCCAGACCACCUAUACAAGACCCCUGCCUUUCUUUCAGAGGGGAUGGGGCAGAUUCCACAAGAGUACAUGAGCACGCUGGCUGGCCAGGCAGAGACGGCAGCACUGCUGGUGGCAAAGCCACUCUUAAGGUGCAGGGGACCCUGACAGUGAUGCAGCUGCCUUAGAAUCUGCCAUGCUCCCUCCUGUCAGUAACCCAAUAAAACUCAACUGGUUU